CAAACAAAGAAGAUCAGACCCCCCCCCCCCUUCCAAAACCCUAGCCGCCUCACACCCUUCUCUCUCCUUCUCCAUUCUUCUCACUUCACCAGAGAUGAACGAGAAUCAGACCCUUCCCAACAAAAAUCCCUAAUUCCCUUCCUCUAUCAUCGACUCCAAAAGACCCCUCCUCAAAAAUAGCCGCCGCCGGACCUCUCUCUGCAAAAACCUUCAUCGGCCGUCCCUCCAUCCUCUCAAGAGAGAACCAAACAGAUCCCUCCCCGUUCUUCAACCUCGCAGCUAAAAAAAGACUUUCAGCUCUGAAAAAAAAGAAGAAAGAAAGAAAGAUUUCAGUUUGUUGGCUCGUGGUUUUCUGGGAUUUCAAGAGUGUUUAAACUCUCCAAAAUUGCUGGUUGAUUGUUGAAUUUGUGGCUGCUUUGGCUAGGUCUUGCCAGUCUCCAUUUCUGCUCUGUAUUUGUCUUUCCAGUCUAGUGGCGUUUUCUCUAGCCGGUGGUCUAUCGGAAACAGUCUCUCUGCCUUCCCGGGUAGGGCAAGGUGCUUGUACUUUAGUGAAGCUCAAAAUGGGUUGGAAAAGUUAUCAGAAACUCAUUCAUCAGUGGAGAAUUCUCAGAGGUGAUAAUGUCAUGAUUACAAGAGGAAAAGAUAAAGGCGAGACUGGUACCAUUAAGCGUGUCAUACGUUCCCAAAACCGUGUAAUCGUUGAGGGCAAAAACUUGGUCAAGAAACAUAUUAAACAAGGGCAAGGCCAUGAAGGUGGGAUAUUUUCUGUUGAGGCGCCGCUGCAUGUAUCCAAUGUUCAGGUUGUAGAUCCAGUCACAGGGAAACCAACAAAGGUCGGGAUUAGAUUCCUAGAGGAUGGCUCCAAAGUAAGAGUUUCAAGAGGUAUAGGAGCGUCAGGUUCUAUUAUUCCUCGGCCCGAGAUCUUAAAAAUAAGGACCACACCAAGGCCUACAGUUGCUGGUCCCAAAGAUACUCCAAUGGAGGUGGUCAUGGAGAGGACGUAUGAUCCAAAAACAGGAAAAGGCAUGCCAGAUCUCUGAGAAAAUUAUCCAUAUUUACACAUCUCAAUGUGGUGCAGAUGCUGGUUGCCUGCAUUACUUUUGUGAAAACUGGCAUAAUAUGGUUAUUUGUUUCAUUCAAAAUCUCAUUGUACACUGUUUGGCUUUAGACCAAGAGAAUUUGCUACGCUCAUUCAAAUCUUAAAUGAGUCAUCUGGGGAUUCUUCAAUCGAAAAAUUGAUAGGAUGUUCACAAACCCAGUGUUGUUGUUCAAUUCUGGACUUAAGGUAUCUGUUUAAUACAUGCUGUUCUAGAGAAACAAAAAUUUGAAUUUGCAUGUGGAUUUCAAUUGAGUUCUCGAAUUGUAGAGCAUCUGUCAAUUCCACAUUUUCGGGUUGUCUGCA